GGCCAGCACUGUCGACUCCAGAUGCAUUCAGACUUUACACCCACUAUGCGUCAGCUGGUAGCUCUUACAAUCGUUCUCUGCUCUGUGCUGUAUCCAACUACUGGCUACCGACGACAUGAACCAUCACAGCUGAUGCCAGCAGAUUAUGCGUUUCCAGCAUCUUUCUAUGCUCCGGGGAUCGUUCCUCCAGCAGCUUCCUUUACUCCUGAGAGAGGAUAUCACUACGUUUCUGUCGACACGCCCUUCUAUCACCAUCAGGAGUAUGCUCCAGUCUACUGCAGUUGGGUUCCAUCACUAAACGAACCUACUGUAUUAAAAUAUCCUAUCUUAAAUGAUGAUUACCUAUAUCCUGACCCAGGGGCUAAUAAUCCACCCGGAUGGAUUGACUCUGGCUUUCAUAAAGAAAACAACGUUCAUAAUAAUCCUUUUGAGAGCGGUAUGAAUGAGAUUUUCAUCAAUAGAAAUCCUUUAUUUACCACUUUUACUUCGACAUUGCCGUCCAAAGACUCUUUCGACACACAACUUGGUAUUAAUCCACCAUACUAUCCUUCACCUUCUUCAACUUCUCGUCCUCCGGAAAAUAUAACCCCUGUUUUUAAACCUGCUAUUACCACGUCUGUUAUUUCUUCUGUAAUCCCAAAUAUCAUCAGAGGGCAAAAUGACCAAUCUUUAAUUCCUGCAAUUCCUGAAGAAAAUUUGUUCACACCAAUUGAAUCGAAUACCCAACCCUUAGAAACUGUUAAUGGAUCAGUUAUUUCACCGGUGCUAUUGUCAUCCUUAUCACCAAACAUAAUUAGAGGGGAGAAUGAUGGAGUAUCAAACUUCAAACCAAAUCUUCAAGUACACCCUUACAGUUCAGCAAGACCUCCUAUAUCAACUAGCAGGUACAAUAACGAAAACCCAAAUUACUACUCUACUGAAAGUCCUAGACCAUCUCUUGCAAAUUUUCCAAGCACAGCAACAGAUACAGUCGAGAGAAGAAUACUUUCUGGAAGUGCAUCUCAAAGUGACGAUAUUGGCUCUUAUUUUGAUACUUAUCUAACGCCUUCCACAGAUCAAAAGCCACAUAAUAUGCUACUACCAAAACCAAAUCUUAUGUCUUUUCCGAACAUUAUCAGAAAAGACAAUCCCACAUCAAUUCCUUUCCCAUUCUUCAAAGACUCCCCUUCUUCGUCUCAAUCCUCAGGUGAAUUCUCUAUCCUAACAUCGGAUGACGUGGACACUCCAAGUCCUAUUUUUCCUGUAACAGAAAAACCAAAAAUAUGAUAGUUCAUACAAUAUUACACAUUGUUAAUAAUCAUUAAGUAAUAAUAUAUUAAACGCAUAUUGAAAUAUUAUUUUGAUUAUAAUUAACUGUGAUAUCCUGUAAUAUUUCAUAACAGAAUGACGCUGAUAAUGAAUACAAGGAAAAAAAUAAAAAAAAAUAAAAAAGAAAACUAUACUGAUUCUAAUGCGUAUUCCUGUAUUUAUAAUAAAUCUGUUAAAUAUUCGUAUUUACUUGUAAUAACAACGAUGAGGUAUUAUUAUAUUGGUGUUAUAAAUUUGGCUUUUCAGUGUCGAUAUACGUUUAUAGUCUAAUUAUUUUUUGCUCAUAGAAUAUUAUGAAAAUAAAUAAUGUUAAAAUAUAGCAAAAUAUACCUUUCUCUACAUAAAGUGUACUACAUUUACAUUUUACCAUAUACCAGAGGGAUUGGAUCUACCUAUAAAUCAUAAAAUAACUCUUUUUUUACAUUGUUGUAUGAUAUUUUAUGUAUAUACCUGUGUAUUAAUAUAUUAUGAGAUAAUAAAAAUGCUGAGCUAUAAC